AUGAUGAAACCAAUUCUCAGCACUCAUCUCUACUUUUCCUUGUUUCUGCACAUGAUCGUUGUCAACAUAUUCGUUGCCGGCGAUUCGCCAUCUAUCUAUAAGCCAGUCGAAGAUAUCACCGUCAAUUGUGGCUCUUCCGGCAACAUAUUCAAUGCAUAUGAUAACCGAAGUUGGAGUGGAGAUAUCAACUCAAAAUUUUCACCCCUUGAACCCCAAGGCAACACAUCCAUAUUCGAAGAAGCACCUCAUUCGUACACCGUCCAACAAGUGCCUUACACCACCGCGAGGCUUUCUCACUCUGAAUUUACCUACAGAUUUCUUAACCUUACCCCAGGCCAAAAGUUCAUCCGUCUGUAUUUCAACCCAGCUUCAUACCCCGACUUUGAUUUCUCCAAAGCCCUCUUCUCUGUCAAAGCCGGUGGGUUUACCCUUCUCCACGACUUCGAUGCUUCAGUCACUGCUGCUGCUUCUGGGCCUGCUUCUGGGCCGGAGGGGACGGUAUACAGAGAAUUCUGUAUGAACAUUGGGGAGGAGGAAGAAGAAGAGAGCUUGAACAUCACGUUCAGUCCAAGCAGAGCAAUCCCAGAUGCGUAUGCGUUUAUCAACGGAAUUGAAAUUGUGUCCAUGCCUACCAACCUUUACUACGCUGCACCUGAAGAUAAUCGGAUUCAAAUUGUAGGCAGUGAAAGCUAUUCCAGCAUCGAAAACAGCACUGCUAUGGAGAUGGUUUACCGAUUCAACAUUGGUGGAGACUCGGUCUUUUUCGAUAAAGACACUGGCAUGUACCGAAAUUGGCAUGGUUAUGUGGAUGAGCUAAGUUACUUGGAGAAGUUAAGUUUACAACAGAGCGUUGCCCCACAAAAUUUUAGCAUUCAACUCAACUUUAUCAAUAUAGCAGAGUACACUGCGCCAGCAGAAGUUUACGAGACGGCCCGAUCGAUGGGCCUCAACAAAACCAUAAACAAGAGUUACAAUCUCACUUGGGAAUUUCUUGUAGAUCCAAAGUUUUCUUACUUGGUUAGGCUUCAUUUUUGUGAGUUCGAAUCUCAAAUCACACGGGCCGGAGACAGAAAUUUUCUAAUCUAUAUGGCCAAUCAAAGAGCUCAAGAAAAUGCAGACAUAAUACUCUGGAGUAAUGGAAACGGCAGACCAGUGUACAAGGACUACUUGGUUGUCGGACUUGAAGCAGGCCCUGGCCGAGGCCAGAAGAAAGUAAAUCUCUCUCUUGCACUGCAAGCAAACCCGGAUGAUUCGAAGACAAGAUACAACGAUGCACUUUUGAAUGGGCUCGAAAUCUUCAAAUUGAAUGACACAAUGGGAAAUCUCGCCGGACCCAAUCCCGAUCCUCCUGUGACCGGACAAAAGGCGAAGCCCUCACUCCCAGAAAAACCCAACAAGUCAACCCGGACUACUAUGCUUGCCAUUAUUGGCGGUGUAGUCGUUUCCAGCAUACUUGUAGUGCUCUCUGUACUCGUGUAUUUGGUGUUCAGGCGACAACGGAAAGUCAAGGAGUCCGAGUGCUACAGCCGCAGAGGGACCAACUCAAGCCAUACUCAUGGCGGCUCAUCAUUACCGUCCAAACUGUGUGAUUACUUUUCCCUGGCGGAGAUCAAAGCCGCCACCAGAAACUUCAGCGAUAUUUGCAUCAUUGGGCGCGGCGGGUUCGGCAACGUGUAUAAAGGGUACGUUGAUGGUGGGGCCACUCCCGUCGCAAUCAAACGGCUGAAACCCGAGUCAUCACAGGGGGCCCAUGAGUUCAAGACAGAGAUUGAGAUGCUAUCCCAACUCCGGCACCGCCAUUUGGUGUCUCUGAUCGGGUACUGUGCUGACCAAGGUGAGAUGAUCUUAGUGUAUGAGUUUAUGGAUCGUGGGUCUCUCAGUGAUCAUCUCUACAACACUGAUAACCCUUCUCUUUCCUGGGAGCAAAGGCUGGAGAUUUGUAUCGGCGCAGGGCGUGGGUUGCACUAUCUUCACACAGGUACCAAGUACACUAUCAUUCACCGAGACGUGAAGAGCACGAACAUCUUGUUGGAUGAGAAAUGGGUGGCUAAGGUUUCGGAUUUUGGGCUGUCGAAAAUAGGCACAAUCACUAUGUCCAAGACUCAUAUCAGUACGGUGGUGAAGGGCAGUUUCGGGUAUUUAGAUCCCGAAUAUUAUCGGCGUCAACAGCUGACUGAGAAGUCUGACGUGUACUCAUUUGGAGUUGUAUUGUGUGAGGUAUUGUGUGCGAGGCCAGCUUUGAUUCGUACCGUGGAGAAGAAGCAAAUGAGCUUGGCUGAGUGGACUAGAAUUUGUCAUCGCAAUGGGACACUUUAUCAAAUCAUUGAUCCAAACUUGAGUGGUAAGAUUGCAGUAGAGUGCUUUAAUAAAUUCGUUGAGAUCGCGGUAAGUUGCAUACAUGAUAAUGGGGCUGAAAGGCCAUCCAUGGAUGAUGUUGUGAGGGGGCUUGAGUUUGCCUUGGAGCUUCAAAAUUGCGCUGAGAAGGAUCUCGACAACGAUUUUGUAGAUAGGAAGGGUGAAGAUGAGGGUGCCUUCCUCAAGGGCAAAGAAGGGUUUAGUGGUAGUGAGCAAAGUAAUGCUACGACCGAAUCCAUUAAAGGCACGUCUGGGACAAUCUUUUCUGAAAUCAACGAUUCAGAAGGGAGGUGA